AUUUAGCGUGAACCAAGUACCUAAACAUUUUCUCUUUAGUCGGCAAACUUGUUUUACUAACUGUAGAUCUCUUGCCGAGGCUUGCACAAUCUUAUAUAUAAAUGUAAGUGAAGUUGGAUAAAUUGCUGAUUUGAUUGUAAAAUGUGGACAAACAUAUGUUUGAUUUUGUACCUUUCGACAUUCAUCCAAUGCUCUCCAAAGAGACCUAAAGUAUUGAUGACUGAUCCAGGCAUUCCAGAAAUUGCGUAUGAUAUAUUGGAGAAAAAAUGUGAUUUAAUAAAAGUAGAAAAAGGCACCAAAGAAGAAAUUUUGGAAAAGAUUAAAGGAGUGGAUGCGCUAUUUUGGGCAAUGGGACUAAAAUUAGAUGCGGAAAUUCUAGAUGCUGCAGGUCCACAAAUGAAGACUGUGGCAACAAUGUCUGCUGGUUAUGACCACAUUGACAUUAGUGAACUGAAAAAGCGGGGAAUAAAAUUAGGCAAUACCAGAGGUGUACUCAGUGAUGCCGUUGCUGAUACUGCAAUUCUUCUUGCACUCGGUGCUUCAAGAAGGCUUCAUGAAGGAAGGCUAAAAAUCGACAACGGUGAAUGGACUCCAGGAAUUCAAUGGAUGCUCGGAACAGACAUCAAAGAUUCGACCGUCGGUAUUAUCGGUCUGGGAAGUAUCGGAACAGAAAUCGCUAAACGUGUUAAACCAUUUGGAGUCAAAACAAUUUUGUAUACCAGCAGGACUGAAAAGGACGGAGCUAAAUCUUUAGGAGCCAAAUUUGUGAACCUCGAAAAACUUAACAAAGAGAGCGACUUCAUUUUCGUAGCAGUACCGCUGACAAACGAAACUAGAGGUUUGAUCGGCAAAGAUUUCUUUAGCAAGACCAAAAAGAACGCAGUGUUCGUAAAUAUUGCCAGAGGCGAAGUCGUUGAUCAAGAAGCGCUGAUUGAUGCUUUGAGAACUGGUAAAAUUUUUGCUGCUGGUUUGGACGUCGUUUACCCUGAACCGUUACCAAAAGAUCAUGACCUACUUAAACUGCCCAAUGUUGUAAUAAUGCCACAUUUGGGUAGCGCAACCGUGGAAACAAAGAAAGCAAUGGCGGAGUUGACUGCCCUCAAUAUUUUGAGGGGACUUGGCGGAGAGGAAAUGUUUACACCUGUUGUUUAAUGUCUGUAUUAAUAUUAAUAGUUCAAACUAAUAAAAAAUAUUUUUUU